AUGUCCGGCUCCGGCAGGAAAGACUUCGACGUGAAGCACAUCCUGCGCCUCCGCUGGAAACUGUUCAGCCACCCCUCGCCGGCGGGCGGCCCGGCGGGGGGAGGCUGCCUGCCGCCCGACAGCAGCUUCGAGCACUGGGGACCGAGCCAGAGCCGCCUGCUGAAGAGCCAGGAGAGAGGCAACGGCGUCUUCUGGAAGAAAUCCGCCUCGUCCGCCUCCUCCUCGGCGGCCACCACGGCCAGCCCGCCCAACGGGACGCUGCUGCCCGCCGGCGGCCGGCCGGCCGCGGGGCACGGCCCGGGACCGCCGCCGCCCCGCACCGUCUUCUACGUGGAGUCCCUGGAGGAGGAGGAGGAGGAGGCGGUGCCCGGCGGGAUGGAGGUGGCCCUCGAGCCCGAGAAGCCCCUGGCGCCGCCGGAGCGGGAGGAGGCGCCGGGGGGCUGCGCCGAUGGAGGCAGCCGGGCAACAGGUGACGGAGGCGGGCACAGACUGUCAGGAGCCAGCCACCCCUUGCCACCCCACUGUGACAUGGAUUCCUGUAGCUCUGAGGAAUUCUACCAGGCAGUUCACCAUGCAGAGCAAACCUUCAGGAAAAUGGAGAGCUACCUGAAGCAGCAGCAGCUCUGUGAUGUUAUCCUGAUUGCUGGGGAUCGCAAGAUACCUGCACACAGACUUGUCCUCAGCUCUGUCUCUGACUACUUUGCUGCCAUGUUUACAAGUGAUGUUUGUGAGGCCAAGCAAGAGGAGAUCAAAAUGGAAGGCAUAGACCCCAAUGCACUGUGGGACCUUGUUCAGUUUGCAUAUACAGGCUGCCUGGAAUUAAAGGAAGACACCAUUGAAAACCUGUUAGCAGCUGCCUGCCUUCUCCAGCUUCCCCAAGUAGUAGAGGUUUGCUGCCAUUUUCUAAUGAAGCUUUUGCACCCAUCCAACUGUUUGGGAAUACGAGCAUUUGCUGAUGCACAAGGGUGCACAGAGCUUAUGAAGGUGGCUCACAACUACACCAUGGAGAAUAUAAUGGAAGUUAUAAGAAACCAAGAAUUUUUGCUUCUACCAGCUGAAGAACUCCAUAAACUUCUUGCCAGUGAUGAUGUGAAUGUUCCUGAUGAAGAGACCAUUUUCCAUGCCUUAAUGAUGUGGGUGAAAUAUGAUAUGCAGAGGCGAUGCAGUGACCUAAGUAUGCUGCUUGCUUAUAUCAGAUUACCACUCCUUCCACCUCAGAUAUUGGCUGACCUGGAAAACCAUGCACUUUUUAAGGAUGACUUAGAAUGCCAGAAGCUUAUUCUGGAAGCCAUGAAAUAUCAUCUUUUACCAGAAAGAAGAACUCUGAUGCAAAGUCCAAGAACUAAGCCUAGAAAAUCUACAGUUGGAACACUUUAUGCUGUUGGAGGGAUGGAUAACAACAAAGGAGCUACAACUAUUGAAAAGUAUGAUCUCAGAACAAACAUAUGGAUUCAGGCUGGAGUAAUGAAUGGCAGGAGGCUUCAGUUUGGUGUUGCUGUCAUCGAUGACAAGCUGUUUGUCAUUGGAGGCCGGGAUGGUUUAAAGACAUUAAACACUGUUGAAUGUUACAAUCCAAAGACCAAGGCUUGGACUGUGCUACCACCUAUGUCAACGCAUAGACAUGGCUUAGGAGUUACAGUGCUUGAAGGGCCUAUUUAUGCAGUGGGAGGACAUGAUGGUUGGAGUUAUUUGAACACAGUUGAGAGGUGGGACCCUCAAAGUCAGCAGUGGACAUUUGUGGCAAGUAUGUCAAUUGCCAGAAGCACUGUUGGAGUAGCAGCAUUAAAUGGCAAGUUAUAUUCGGUUGGAGGUCGGGAUGGAAGCUCAUGUUUGAGUUCAAUGGAAUAUUAUGAUCCUCACACAAAUAAAUGGAAUAUGUGUGCUCCUAUGUGUAAGAGAAGAGGAGGUGUAGGAGUGGCUACCUGUGAUGGCUUUCUUUAUGCAGUUGGAGGUCAUGAUGCUCCUGCUUCUAAUCACUGUUCUCGGCUGCUGGACUACGUGGAAAGGUAUGACCCAAAAACUGAUACAUGGACCAUGGUGGCUCCACUGAGUAUGCCUCGAGAUGCUGUUGGUGUUUGUCUCCUUGGUGACAAAUUAUAUGCAGUAGGUGGCUAUGAUGGUCAAUCAUACCUGAACACUAUGGAAGCAUAUGACCCUCAAACUAAUGAGUGGACACAGAUGGCUUCCUUAAAUAUCGGAAGGGCUGGUGCCUGUGUUGUAGUCAUCAAACAACCAUGA